CUGACAUGGCACCAGUCGCAGCGAACAAGCAACUUUAACAGGCCACCCGCAAAACAUACUAAAAUUGACUCCUUUGCUGACCAUUUAUAAACAAAUACACAAGCAUAUAAUAGUCUCCAGCGAGGAGUGAAUACACCCGGGUAGCAUUUCGGACGCAACCGCUUUUUCUUCCUUGCCUGAAUUGCUUUUCAUGUGGGAUGUACUGAAAAUUGUGUAUGGAAGUUCGAAAUCACUUGAGUACACGAGCGUGAACUUUGUUAGAUGAGUUUUAUUUUUCACAGUGCGAACGAAUUAAAGCAGCGAAAAUGCAUCGGUUCUUGACGAAGGAGCAGCGUGAGAGCUACCUUCGUGAGAUGUUCUACUCGUCCUUCAGUAACAGGAGACCCAGCAUUUCAUCGCCAGCCAAUAACAAUGCCAGAAAACUAGGAUUUUAUUUGCAGAAACUCUACGCUCUCGUGGAAAACUCCAAAGGUUUGACAAACGAGGCCGGCGAAACGCUCAAAGAAAUUGUUAGAAUUCGAAUGCGCGGUAAACCGAGUUUUUUCGAGGCCAAGCUGUACGCUGAUUACAAGCGGUUUCUACUUGUGCGAGGUCAGAGAGAUGUGACGAUGAGGAAGAUCAGUGAACAGCAGUGCUUCCAGUGUGUUCUGAAGGAGUCCCACGCGCCCCCACCCUCCCUCCCUAGGGGAGAUCCGUACUGGGGUUCCAGACAGCAGUUACGAUGCGGGGAGAUUGUUGGAGAUACGGUCGGUGGAAUGGACGCUGUAUUUGGAGUUCUGUUAUACCCCGCAGGAGGUAAAAUUGACUCAUCAACUCUAAAGAGCAUGCGCAAAAAGUACUUUCCGCUGACCAGAAAACUUAAGGACGAAAGCGAAGAAGACAUUAUCAUGUAUCAUACCGCUGUACACGAUGCGUGCGGCUACCUCCACGAAUACCACGGUCUGGGGCCUGGGUACAACUACCUCGGUACCAUGUUAACCCUGAUUCCCACGUUUGUGCCUCAGAGCGGGCGAAUGGCUGCGUUGCUAUUUUGGAAGAGACUCGUUAAUGAAAAGACUGUUCCUGUGGAGUACUAGAUAUGACUUGACGUGGCGUGAGAAGUAAACUAGAUAUGACUUGACGUGGCGUGACAAUUAAAAAAGAAUAGAUUGUCCUUAGCAAAGUAAGGCGAAGACGGAGGGUGUUAACACGCUCGUGAAAAUCAUGAAGUAACCCUAGGGAAGGGGGGUGUCUAUGUGUGUAUGUAAUGGGGGAAACAGGUUUUUUCCUCUUCUGCUUGACUUGACGUGGCGUGACAAGUAAAAAAAUAGAUUUUUCUUAGCGAAGUAAAGCAAAGACGGAGGGUUUUACACGCUCGUGAAAAUCAUGAAGUAACCCUAAGGAAGGGGGGUGUCUGUGUGUGUAUGUAAUGGGAGGGGGGUGGACAGUUUUUUUUUUCACUUCUGCUCACUUCCGUUAGGUUUGUGUGAUUCACAGACUUGUGCACUCUUAAAUCUUCCUACUCUUCCAUUUUCGUUCACUCGCUUAGGAAAACCAGACUUUGAGUUGGGCCUUUUGUUUAGAUUUUUUUUAGCCAAGAAAAAGCUAAGCUCAAUGUGACAGGGACAUGCACAAACUAUUGCGUGUUUCGAGAACUUGAUACUCGAAUCAUUAUUGAUAAAGGUGGGGUCAGGGUAUUUUUUGUUAAAGGUAUUCGGCUCUCCUAUGCUCCCCUACCCCCCCGCCCCAUAUAAUAGCUAUCACUGAGUACCCCCUAUCCAAGGAGAAAUAAGGAAUAAAAAAUGAAAUCAUCAGAGUGGUUCGCAAGAGAAACAUUUAUACUUUGUUAAUUUGCAAUUUUUAUAGAAUAAAAUAGUUUUCAUUAUAUCUAUUGCAAGAAAAAAAAUGCAUAGGUUUCUUAAACAAUGAGCGAUAAUUAUAACACCCUUGUAGUCGAGAUGUGGAAAAGUAUUUGAUUAACACAUGGAGUAUAACACCUGACCUAUCAAUGUUUAAUAACAUUUAUGAUUAUCGUUUAAUAUGCAAUAAUAUAUGAUGACAAUAUAGAACGGUUUAAUCUACUUUUAGAGCUAUAUUUUUCAAAUGAUUUUCAACUGUAUCAGUUGGUAAUAAUUUGUAAAAACAUAAUUUGUAAUCAUCAUGAAUAAACAAAUAGAGUGAUGUA